UCGUGCAUCAACAGUGCUGUCGUGCGCCUCCCAUGCACGUAGUCCGCCAUCUCCGUUGCCGCACUGUGCCAUGGCCGUCGGUUGGCCGACGUGUGCAUGGUCUCGCGGGUGACUUCAUGCGUCGUAGGUUUGUGGCGGAUGUGCAACCGCUGUGGGGACGUGGUCGGUGUGUUGGAGUACCGCUUCACAAAUCCAUCUCCUCCAUCCGCCGAGCAUUGUCCACCCACGUGCCCUCCCUUGGUGCUGUGGAAGUUGGGAGCGUUGUGCGUGCUGUUCGCCCGAACAUCAGGAGUGUCAUCGGUAGAAGCUUCCUGCCCGAAGCGAACGACAUCACACAUGCAGUUGAACGUUGUGGCGGUCGAGGGCAGAUCGUCGAGAAAGGGCUGAGAGAACGGGACGUGGCUGUUGCGGGGACUGUUUAUGCACGGCCGAACGUCGCACACCCGCCACUAUCGACUGACACGACUGCUGCACAAGAUUGUGUUCUGGGUGGUGGCAGGGCUUGUCCGUGUCCGUGCCUGCGAGAUUCGACCGGCACGACGGUGAUCGUCAUCGACGUCGGCGACGUGAGAGGGGGGGUGUUGGUUCGCGCACGGGAUAUCGAUAGUGGCACAAAGAAGGCAAGAGCGAGUCCGAGCGACGCCACAACCGGGUUUCCAGGGAACACGGCCGGCGAGACAGGGGAGGCCGGUGUCGAGGGUCCGGGGAUGGGAAACCGUGGGGAGAGAGCGGAGAAGGAUGACGAUGAUGGAACGACAUCCACGGCGGCGGACAAGAUUAAUGAAGGAGUCGGUGAUCGAACCAGACCGCGUCCCGCGGGUGGACGGAAAAGGAAGGGGGGCAGCUCACCACGACCGCCGAAGAAGAACAACCCCUGGUCUUUGGAAGAGAGAUUGGACCUCACGAAGUUCGCCAGCGAGGACGACGCCCUGAUGGCCGACGCCGAAGGUGCUCAGGCGUGCAUGACGAGGUCGAAAAGAUGGGAGUGGGUUGCAGGAAGGCUUGGAGAAAUCGGUUACUCUAGGACAGCGGAAGACUGCAGGAAGAAAUCGGCGGAGCUGGUGAAGAAGGUGAGGGAGAUACGGGAUGCAUGCGAAGGGUCGGGGAAACAAGCAUACAGGGACACCACGACGGAGCAACGGAGGAUGCUAGGGGUUAGCUUGACGUUCGAGCGGCAGUUGUGGGAUGCUAUGGAGUGGUCUCGGUUGAAGAAGUCGGUGACGUGUGACGACACACUGGCUUCGGAAGAUUUGAGAGGGGGCGGAUCACCGAUCGGCGGCGAGGCGGGUUCGGAGGGKGGKGGGACAGAUGCUUCAGACACCGCCACCAAGACACGACGUACGUCAAGCGGGAAAGCCCGGGGGGGGGAUUCUCUAGCGUCGAUGUACGGCAUGGCAUCGGUGAUGGAGGAGUCAACGAGGGCGUUGUGUGAGGGUUUGGACAAGGCUGCCAGCACAUUGGCUCGUGCGUCGACGGACGGAUCCAGGAUGGUUGCUACGGAGAUCGGGGCUGUCGCAGGGGCGAUGCGGAAGGGCAAUGCCAUUUUGGAAAUGCUUGUCGGGGUUAUGGCGACGAGAGGUGCACGGAGUGGUCGGGGAGCGGACGACAGCUGCGAUACGGACCCCUCCACAAGUUAGUGACCGACCGUCGGCGGCGUGGCU